CAGUCCAUCACACUUUUAUCAUCUCCCCUUCUUCUGGAUAAUAGAUAUUUUGGUAUUGAGUUCAAAAAAAAAAAAAUAUAGAUAUUUUGGUACAGCCUCCUUUGGUAUAUUUAUUUCACUAGUUCCCUCCAUGACAUGCCCAUUUUACAUUGUCCUCAUAACUCCACCGUCCCGAGAAGAAAGUAAAUUAAUGGAGGAGAACACAAGGAAUCCCAACUCCUAUGAAGACGGUGAAGAUGGAGAAGACAGGCAAUCCAUCAAUACAAGUUCAAGUGCAGAGCAAUUUGUUCAGGGUGUGCUCCGAAAUAGUGGAUCCAUGAAUGGAAGCAGUGAGCAAAAUAUGCUUGUGAUCAAUCCGCCCGCAGCUGAAAUAGAGCCGACGAGACAGCAACAAUCAGAUGGUCAACAUCAACCAGCAGAUAUAUCGUCUGCAGAUUCUCAUUUAAGAAGAAAUACUCCUCAAAUUACUACAGCAGACCGUCAGGCCAGAAAAAGAAAGAAUGAUAGAGCAUACAGGGAGAGAGUCAAGGAAAAACAAAAGCAAAUGAAAUCCACUUUGGAUGAGCUUCAGGCUGAAAAUGGAUUAUUAAAGGCUGAAAAUGGAUUAUUAAACACUGAAAUGGAAUCCCUAAAAAAUGAAAAUGUUUGGGAGAAUCAACAAUUUCAAACGCUAUCAGGUGAGCUGGAAGCGCUUAGAAAUAAGUUUGAUGACUCGCACCAGAAAUUUAUCAAGCAACUUGAAAAUGAACAGCAACUGAAGUUCAAUCUGAAGACACUUGAGGGUGAAAAUGGACGAUUGAAGACUGAAAUGGAAUCCCUGAAAGGAGAAAAUGCUUCGGUAACGCAAAGAUUUCAAACAGAAUCCGGUGAACUGGAUGCGCUUGGAAAUAAGUUUGAUCAUUUGCUGCAGAAAUUAAAGGAGAAACUUGAUAAUGAACGGAAGUUUAAUCUAGAGAAACUUGAGGUUGAAAAUGAAUCCCUAAAGAUAGAAAAUGCUUUGGUGAAUCAAAAGUUAGAAACUCUAUCAAAUGAACUUGACAAAUAUAAGGAGAAGUACGAGAAGACACAUGAAAGAAAACGAGAAUUAGAGUUAGAUCUAAAGACACUGCAAGCUGAAAAUGGAAGAUUAAAGGAUGAUAUUAUUGAAGCCCUAAAGAAAGACAAUGUGUUUGUGAAUCAAGGGAUUGAAACUCAGUCAAAGGAGCUGCGCCAACUUGGAAGAAAACUUUACAAACGGGAAGUAUUAGAAAAGGAGCUAGCCCCAGAGAAAUCUUGCAGCUGCAGACAAAGUACAGCCGGUGAAAGCACCGACUUCAGCAGAGAUUUAGGGCAAUACCCCAAUGUGGAAACAGAAGGUUAUGCUUUCUCAAGAGAAGAUUACAGAGGAUAUAGGGAGGAUAAAGAAGAUAACAAAUUUCUGAACAAACUGCAAAGAUGGAGAUGCAGCCUUUAUAUACCCCAGUCAUGGAGCCCUACAGCUAAAACGACAAUUAUCAUUGUUAAUCGCAUGUGGCUUCCAGCUCGGCAUCCAACUCCACAACAAAUGCCAUGUCAUCUUCAUUUUUCCACGUAUCAAUUCCCUUCCCUUCCCUUCAAAGACUCCUUGCCCUCAAGGAUGUGAUGGCUGCUGCAAAUUACGAAGGUACUAUUAGGUUGCUUCUCUUGAACAGGCACCUAAAUGUUGAUAACCACCAUGAGAACUGCUCCACGUCCUCUAUCCACCAAUUUCCUGUGCAAAUUAUCCAUAACAUGCCACAAGGAAUUGGAGAGAAGCACAGCUAGCAAUAUAAUAGACCUUCUUAG